CGGAUUGAGAGAGCACUCAUUCCAUCCGAGUAAAUGGAAAUUUGUGAUGUGCAUAUCACAUAUUGAAAUGGAAGUUGUUGACUAGUGAAAGAAUAGCUUGUAUAGAGUGAUGGAGAAAAAGAAGCGUGUUUGUAUUGUGGGAGGUGGUGCGUCAGGAGUUGCUGCAGCUUGGUCUUUAUCACGAGGACCUUUUCAGGUGGAAAUAUGGGAAAAGGCGUCUCGUAUAGGAGGUGUAGCUACUACUCUUGAAUUGGAUUCAGGAGUUUAUGUGAAUGACCAAGUCCAAGGAGGUACUCCAACUUACCGCAAUACUAUUUUGCUAUUAAAAGAAUUGGGUUGGGAUAUCAGUUCCACGUCUAUGCGAAUUUCUUUUGGUACCGGAGAAAGACAAUGGAGUAACAUCGAUAAGGAACCUUCUCCUAUCGUAAGAAAGUUAGAAAAAGAAAUUAAAAGAUUUGGUUACCUCUUAUCUUGGGUGAAGUGGUUGGAGUUUUUGUGUGUAUUUAUUCCUAUCGAUUUGUUAUUGAAAGUGUUCGGUUUCAGUGCAGACUUUCGCAACUACUUGUUAUAUCCUCUUUGUUCACUUUUCUUCGGUACUGGGAUUCAGACUCCUCGUGUGUCAACUGCAGUCAUUGCCAGAGUGUUUCUUGAUGAGGAUGGAAAACUUUUUGAUUAUGAUCCACAACGUUUUUUGUCCCAACAACCAGAAGUGUUUGCAUUUCCCAAGCUUUCUUCAGUCUAUGAUAGUGCAUCGAAGAAACUGAAGGAAAGAGGAGUGGAAAUAUGUUGUGGCCGAGUAGCUAAGAAACUAAGUCGCAGCGACAAGGGAGUUUGGGUUACGGAUGAUAAGAAUGUCGAAGUAUUUUUUGACGAAAUCAUUCUCUGUUGCGAUGCACAAAUUGCAUUAUCUUUGUUAACCAAACCUCGUUGGUUGGAACGUUUUGCAUUAGGAAAUGUCGAUUAUUAUUACGAUACAGUGAUAACACAUGAAGAUUUUGACUAUAUUGCGAAACAUUAUGAUACUCGAGCAGAUAGAGAACAACAAUAUUUUGUCCGAGUUUUACCAAAUGAUCCUCAAAAAGUGGAAAUGAGUUUUCAUCUUAACCAUUAUCAACCACAAUUGAAACCACUCCAUAAUCGACCCAUAUUUCAAACCAUUUUUCCAGCAGAUAGUGUGCAGAGCGACAAGAUUCUUUACACUCGAGUGACCAAACACAAUGCCCAUACUUGGAAACAUUUUGCCUUUACUGUUCUAUUUUGGAGAUGGUUGCAAGGUUUUCAACAUACUUGGUUUGCGGGGGGUUAUUGCUUGUUCAAUAUUCAUGAAAUAGCAGUUGUAUCAGGUCUUGCUGCUGCUUAUAGAAUAGGAGGAAAAUAUCCUUUUGAAGAAGAUGACAAGGCCAGUCAUUCCUUUGCAUCCUUUGUUCGACUAGUCCACGGCGUGGAAUAUAAACCAAGUAGCAAAACAUAGCAUAAACAAAGGACUAUCGAUAAAGAAAGUUUCUCUUGUAUUCCAUUGGACAAUUCAAUUCACUUCUCAUUCAUCAAAAUAAAGGCGAAUGAUACAUAUCUCUUGGAUAUGUGAGUGUUUAUGAUUGGAAUAAGAUUGCGUGCCAUGGAAAGGAGUAAUACACCAACAGAUGCUUUCAGCUGUUUAUCAAAUAACCAUCCAAAUACUUGUCAUCGAUGCCAUCUUACUAGUCUGUUAGUAAAAGAUGUAUUGGAACAUUUGGACGAAUUGAACCGCUGCAUAAUACAAGUACAAGUGCACACAGUGUAUUUGCAAGAAGAAAUUGUGCAAGUCAAACACGUUAUAGAGUCGUUGCAGUUGGAGGAGUUGAAACGUGUGCACCGAGGAGUGGGUGAACAGUAAAUAGUGGCGACCUAUAACAACUAUAAUAGGAAGAGUACUUUUGAAGAACAACAACAACAAGAUACAUAGGAAAACACUAUUAUAUUUAUCACAGUGAAUUCAAGUGAUAUGGAAUAAGAAUGUCCUUUUUUGCUACAAGUGUUCGUUCCCCCAUACGUGUUUUUGGUA